AUGCCUGUCUCUCACAUCGGUCUUACUGUUUCGCACCUACCAACGUCAUGUUCAUUUUUUCUUUCAGCAUUACAACCGCUUGGAUACCGCUACAUCGGACAGCAAGGCAAUCAGAUUGGUCUCGGCAUUUACGAUGCCGAAUUCUUCCUGUGCCAAGAAACGCCUGGCGUAAAAGCCGGCGCAGCGCACAUUGCCCUCACCGCUCAUAGCAGGGCUGCUGUUCGAGACUUCUACGCCGCUGCUCUGACCGCUGGCGGUCGACCUAACGGCGCACCGGCCUCUCGUAGCGACGAGGAUGGUCACUUCAACGCCGCGAUUCUAGACCUUGACGGCAACAGCAUCGAAGUCGUGUUCCGAAAUGGACCCGAUUUCAGGGACGAUGGAACUGUCAUCGAGCAUAGUAGGGUCAUCACGUGGCGGAGAACUGUGACAGAAAGCUUCCGGGAUGACAGAAGCGUACUCAGUAGUCGCUCCACCCAGUCGUUAUCGAAGCAGGCAUCCGCACCUGCUGCUCCCUCAGUUGCACCCUCAUCGGCAUCCAAAGCGCCCAGCGUCGCGCGAAGCGCCUCCGAACCCGCUAUACCCCAAGCCCCUGCAGCCUCAGAGAGCGGCGGUGGAGCUGCAAAGCAGAUCAUUGGCACUCUCCUCGGAGCCGCAGCCGGCGCAGCAGUCGCUUACGCAAUGGUCGCCAGCGAGCGAGACAGCGCAAAGAAAGAGAAGGAGUUCGAGGCUUUCAAAACGGCCAAAGCGGCCAUGGCGUCGGUAGCCCAGUUCGCUCAGGGCAGCGAACAGCCAAAGCUACCCCAGCAGGGCCCACAACCCGUUUACGAAUCCAAGCAACUACCACCACCUCUACACCGCAACACCAGUGACAGCGAUUCCCUAUACUCGUCGCCGCGGGCUCGUAGCAUACGUGCCAUUGAAGCCGCUCCUAGCGAUCAUGGCCCACUGUACACGAAGGCACCCACUACGAUUAGCGCGUCUCGGCAGCUCGAGUAUGCUCCAGCGCGGUCGAUUGCACCUUCCAGGGUUUCCGAGUAUGUCCCUGCGGCUUCAGUGGCACCGUCUAGGACAGCUUCCAGGGCUCCCGAAUCCAGGGCUGUCGAGUACAUGCCAGCUGCCUCCGUCGCACCUUCCAAAUCACCUUCCAGGGCGGCGGAACUCCGGGCUAUUGAGUAUGCCCCAGCUGUUUCGGUGGCACCGUCUAGACUGAGUCAUCGAUCGAAGACGAGCCCUGAACUGGCGACUGUCGAGAAGGCCAGGAGCACUGUAUCCAAGGCGCAGAGCGCAGCCCCCAGCUCUUUCAUCUCGACCUUUGUGCCGGAUGAGUUCGAGCGCCGUAACACUGACGGCGGGAGCGUCGCUUCGCACCGCUCUAGCAGGUCAAAGAAGUCCCAGCAUUCGAAACAUCGUAGUAGUAGUAGAAGUAGAGCUCAUUCACCAUCGCCCUCAAAAGCACCCUCGGAUGCGCCAUCGAAGGCUCAAUCGAAGGUAGGAUCUGUUUUAGGUAGCAUCCUAGGCCGCGGCGGUGACGACAACAAAUCCAUCAUCAGCAACCCCUUCGGCGACAAGUACGAAGUCGACGAUUACACUGACGACGACGAUUACACGAUCGCCCCAUCGGACAGCAUUUCGCAAGUUUCGUCUUCGCACUCGCGUCGCAAGCACCGCUCGUCUAAGCAUAAGGACAAGGAUUCGGUCGCCGGUUCCUCCCAUAGUCGCUCCUCAAAGCACUCUUCCAAGUCGCACAAGUCUCGCUCGUCGGCGCACAGCUCACAAUACCACACUGCCGAGGAAGAAUUCCGCAAUAGCGUGAUUAGCGAGCCUAGUGAUACGAGCACCAUCAAACCUAAGAAGUCGAGGCAUCCGGAGCGUAAAGAUAGCGCGACAGAGUACGAUGACAUGUUUGAUCGGGUGCAGUAUGGGAGUGGGAACGUGCCUGUUAGGGGGAUUACACCGAGCAUGGUCAAAGGAGGUAAUCCUGAGGAGGGAAAGAGUAAGAGCGUCUUGGGGUUCAAGAUGGCACAGCGGUUGAGGGCUUUCGAGGGGAAGUAA